AUGCAAGGGGCUGACCAUGGUGCACACAUUGCUGCUGCUGUCGGUGGUGCUGUUGCAUGCCAUGUUGCUGCUCCUCAUGCUGUCGGUGGUGCUGUUGCAUGCCAUGUUGCUGCUCCUCAUGCUGUCGGUGGUGCUGUUGCAUGCCAUGUUGCUGCUCCUCAUGCUGUCGGUGGUGCUGUUGCAUGCCAUGUUGCUGCUCCUCAUGCUGUCGGUGGUGCUGUUGCAUGCCAUGUUGCUGCUCCUCAUGCUGUCGGUGGUGCUGUUGCAUGCCAUGUUGCUGCUCCUCAUGCUGUCGGUGGUGCUGUUGCAUGCCAUGUUGCUGCUCCUCAUGCUGUCGGUGGUGCUGUUGCAUGCCAUGUUGCUGCUCCUCAUGCUGUCGGUGGUGCUGUUGCAUGCCAUGUUGCUGCUCCUCAUGCUGUCGGUGGUGCUGUUGCAUGCCAUGUUGCUGCUCCUCAUGCUGUCGGUGGUGCUGUUGCAUGCCAUGUUGCUGCUCCUCAUGCUGUCGGUGGUGCUGUUGCAUGCCAUGUUGCUGCUCCUCAUGCUGUCGGUGGUGCUGUUGCAUGCCAUGUUGCUGCUCCUCAUGCUGUCGGUGGUGCUGUUGCAUGCCAUGUUGCUGCUCCUCAUGCUGUCGGUGGUGCUGUUGCAUGCCAUGUUGCUGCUCCUCAUGCUGUCGGUGGUGCUGUUGCAUGCCAUGUUGCUGCUCCUCAUGCUGUCGGUGGUGCUGUUGCAUGCCAUGUUGCUGCUCCUCAUGCUGUCGGUGGUGCUGUUGCAUGCCAUGUUGCUGCUCCUCAUGCUGUCGGUGGUGCUGUUGCAUGCCAUGUUGCUGCUCCUCAUGCUGUCGGUGGUGCUGUUGCAUGCCAUGUUGCUGCUCCUCAUGCUGUCGGUGGUGCUGUUGCAUGCCAUGUUGCUGCUCCUCAUGCUGUCGGUGGUGCUGUUGCAUGCCAUGUUGCUGCUCCUCAUGCUGUCGGUGGUGCUGUUGCAUGCCAUGUUGCUGCUCCUCAUGCUGUCGGUGGUGCUGUUGCAUGCCAUGUUGCUGCUCCUCAUGCUGUGAGUCAAACGAUGGGCGGGUGGGACGAAAGAGGUGUGAUGACGGAAAAAAUAGUAGGUGGAGGAAUGAUGAAGAGGGCAAUGUGA